UAAUCUUUUCUAAACAGAUACUGCUAGGAAUCGAGAGGUCAUGGCCCAGUAUGAUUCUAUACAGCUUGGAUCAGUAACACUACCUGUACCUGCAGACUCGACUCUGCCAUUAUCGUCGUGGACCCCUCUGACCUCUGCUAUCGUCGACAGUUUCACAUCGUCGCUGCCUUCGUCCAGAUUGACCAUUGGGCUUAUCUCGAAAGCUCUAAAUGACCCAGGUCUUGGGUUCCAAGCAGAGAUAUGUAACAAAGGAAUUUCUUCGAAGAUUAGAUGUCGAGUGACACCUAGUGACGCCCAAGGUAGCAUAUGGAAGAGGCUUCCGUGGAAAGGGCGAGACACGGUAGUCAAGGGACUAUUGAAAACGUUAGAAAGAGUAUGGGACUAUGAUGAUAAGUCGGAAGGGGUUUUAAUGUCAUUAACCGCUGAAGACAACCAAAGUAUGCAGGAUAUUUAUGCCUCAGUGCCAUCCCCAGAAGAUCCCUUAUUUGGAGAGGCAACGAACCCCCUGGAUCAAGAACUUCAUGACAGCUUGUCCAACUACGAGAAUCCUCACGGUAUCUUAACAAGGCUCUACCUGUAUCAGAUCCGUUCUGUUUCUAAGAUGCUGCAAAUGGAAACCAAUCCCCACAAGCUCGUCGACCCACUUUUCACCCCUUUUAGAGAGGCAGGUAAUAAUCGCAUCUACUAUAUAAACUUGUCCACUUGGGACAUUCAACGGCAUCCUGGAUGGUUUGAUCUACCUCGAGGAGGCAUAUUGUGCGAGCAGAUGGGCACCGGCAAAACUUUGAUGUGCCUUGCUCUUAUCACAGCUACUCAACAUCAGCCGACACUCCCGCCAAACAACAGCAUCGAGAUCUCUCCCGUUUUCACUACUGUUGCGGAACGUUCAUAUCCAUUUCCUUCACAUCGCGAUCUGCGUGCACUGACUGCAUUCCCCUAUUCGCAAACAGCAUUGGCGUUUCCUUCACUUGUCGAGUUAUGCUGCAACAUUCUGUCUAUUCAUAAUCCUUCCGCCAAGCGGACUUCUUAUCUGCCACCUCAGAUCAGGUCCCUUUUCGAUAGGAAGACUUUUUAUUGUAUGUUGCCUUCGGAUGAAGAUUGCUUAAGGACCGUCAGGAAAAGGCGCGUUCCGAACAAAGUAAAAAAGCUUUACUUGGCCAAAGGCACAUUAGUAGUCGUGCCUCAUAUAUUAGUCGCGCAGUGGAAGCUGGAAAUUGAAAAACACACCGAAGAAGGAGCCCUGAGACUUCUUGAAGUGGGAUCGGACGAGCUACCUAGUGUCGAUGAACUGCUAGAUUAUGAUAUUAUAUUGAUUGAUGUAGCCCGAUUCGCGUAUGAAGAGACAUCGUUCAGAGAACAACACAAUUUCGCGCCCUCAGUCCUCCUUCAAGCGAGAUGGAAACGAAUGAUUCUCGAUGAAGGACAUGUGGCUUACAGCAAAGUCUCCAAUGCAAUGAGGAUGGCAAUGCAGCUUAGUGUUGAAAGACGAUGGAUUGUGAGCGGGACACCAACUCGGAAUCUCCAACAAGGAGGACAGAUGGAAUUGCAGGAAAUGGACCUUAUUGGCAUUCAUGGUUCUUACGACAAUGCAAUCGGAACAGCAUCAAGACGAGCUUGGUCGAAGCGCGAUAUUGAAGACGCCACCCGCUUGGGAGUCAUGAUGGGAGGUUAUCUAGCCGCUGAACCGUUCAAGUCAGAGGGCAGAUUCCAGCAAUAUGUCACCACACAUCUUCGAGGGAAGAAUGGGCCAUCAUUUGGCGCGGUGCAGAGGAUGAAGUACCUGCUUAGCGGUAUACUUGUUAAGCAUGGGCCAAAGGUAAUUGAUACUGAAGCUCGAUUGCCUCCUUUGACCAUCCUGCAAGAAGUCAUCCAGUUCGAUCCCCUGCAGCGUGUGACGUACAACGUCCUAGCAGCACUAAUAGCAAGCAACGUUUAUACUAGCGGUGGGGAGGACGUUGAUUACUUCCUUCACCCUCGCAACAUAGAAUCGUUCAACCAAGUCGUCACCAAUCUCCAUCUCGCCUGCUUCUGGUACUCUGCUCGUGACAUGGAAGCUGAAAAUUGUCUAGCUCGUACACAUGACUGGUUGAGAAAUCACCCUCACUGCUCUGAACAGGUGCGGGAAAAUCUGCAAGAAGCAUGUCAACAUCUUCAAACUGCACUUGAAACGCCGGGCUGGAUGGAAUGGAUGGAGAAUGGGAUUUCUAUACCAUGUGAUGGCCCUUAUUUGCCCCCUCUUAUCAAGCAAGCCUGGUCAGACUCUUUCGACACUCAACCUGACAUGAUCGAUGUCCACAGCCUCAAUUCCCUGCGAGCUUUGAAUGUAAUGGGAGCUAACAUACAAGAACUACAUAUGGCUGGCUGGCAACAUAGGUCUCACAAGUGUGACUGGUUUUGGGAGGUUUUGACAAAGGGCGUUCCCAAACAUGUCUUGGAAACUGACUUUGGAAGGAAAGCUGUCAAAGCUGUGGCUAAAUUAAAAAAUAAAAAGCAUCGGGAAGGAAAAGGGCGAACGACAUCGGCAGCUCACGCGCCGAAAGCAGUACCCAGAUCUCCCUCCAAGUUGACGAAGAAAAGGACAGGCAGAGAAGGCGAAAUAGAUGAUCGGCUAGACGAAGCUGGAAUGAACGCCAUAAGUAUCGGGAGACAAGUUCCAAAAUCAAUAGAUGAAGGUCCAAGGCCCUUGCCCUUGACUAUUGUCACCAAAACUCGAUCAGCCAAGGUCAAUUUCAUCCUCCAUGCAAUCCUAGACGCCCCCAAAAAUGACAAAUUCGUUAUUUUCGGGAAUAACUACGAACUUGGCCACUUGACUGAGGCUUUGGAUCUUCUAGACAUCGCAUCAACUUUUGUAGGGCAUACACUUCACGUUCAAAAUAGGAGACUGGCUCUAGAUUACUUCGAGACGCCCGGAGUACGAGUCUGCUUAAUGGACCUGAAGCUUGCGGCCCGAGGUUUGAAUCUUGUUAGUGCCAAUCGCGUCAUUUUUCUGGGUCCAGUUUGGAGUUUGGAUGUCCAAGCACAGGCUAUCAAGCGAGUACAUAGAAUAGGUCAGACACGACCAACUCUUGUCCAAAUACUUGUGACUGAGGGGACAUUUGAGGAAGACAUUGCGAGGCGAUCUACAACAAGCAGAUCUGCCGAUGAAGAACAAUUAUACUCGCGAGCCAUGAUCGAAAACCCUCGCUUUGUUUAUGCGGAGAAGAAGCAGACUUCUGCCUUCACCGUACGCUUUAUUCCUAAAGGCCAAACACUUAAUCCUUCCGAAAACCCUCGCGAAACCACUCAGACUGGUGCAGCAAAUCUCAAUUGGCAAAAAGUCGGCGACAAUGCGAAUGCCACAGCCAUUUCAACUUCCCCUACUACCGUAUUUGGUUCUUAUGGUGCUUCCGACCAGUCAACUUUGGAUUUUCCCAGAUCUGUGCUUAAGAAAAGAGAAGGCGGCGGAUUAGAAGGCACAGUAGCACGUAAGAAAGCACGAGUGACUUUUGCCUAGUAGCGUUCAAAGUUGAAGAUUCAUUUGGCUUUCUUUAUGAAUUGCAUUUAGACUGU